UAUCCAAUUAGCUUGCAUGAAAUAAUGUACAAUAUUUCCACUGCAUUAUUUCCUCGGUCUACACCGGCGGCGAUUGGGCGGCGCCGCCUCUUCUGUGAAUCCCUUUGCUCAAUUUCAUCCUCUUCCUGGUGGAAUACCAACAAAACUAGCGGUUUCAGAAGCCCGAAACUCAAGCCAAUGGCUUCAAUUUCCACCGAGGCAGAAGAAAAGCAAAAGCCCUGGCUCCUCGUCGGCCUCGGUAACCCUGGAAAUCGUUACAGCCGCACUCGCCACAAUGUGGGCUUUGAGUUGGUUGAUUUUAUAGCUGAAGCAGAGGGGAUUGCUAUGAGUACUGUCUCCUUCAAAUCUGCUUUUGGAAAAGGUUUCAUUUGUGAUGUCCCUGUUAUGCUUGCUAAACCACAGACCUUUAUGAAUGCUAGUGGUGAGUCUGUUGGUGCUAUUGUUUCAUAUUAUAAGAUCCCACUGAAGCAAGUUCUUGUGAUGUUUGAUGACAUGGAUCUGCCUUUUGCAAAGUUGAGACUAUUACCCAAAGGUGGACAUGGAGGACAUAAUGGGAUGAGAAGUAUUAUAAAUCACUUGAAAGGUAGUCGUGAUUUCCCACGCUUACGAAUAGGCAUUGGGAGGCCUCCAGGAAAAAUGGACCCUGCAAGUUUUGUUCUCCGACCUUUCAACAAAGAAGAACAGCAAGAGUUGGAUUUCACAUUCCAAAAUGGCUUAGAAGCGAUUCGAAUCCUUGUGCAAGACAACUUUGAUAAAAGUGCGACCUUCGUAAACAGUGCCAAACCGCUUCAAAUGUUGUAGCCGGUCUUCGUAAUUUACAUCAUGACGUUACAUAGGAACCUGAUCAAUGGAAGCAAUUGCAAAUGCCGUACGAAGUUAGGCACUCGUAUUGAUUUGGUAAUUUUUUUUAAAUUAGUUCAUAUUUUUCAACUUAUGAAUAUAGAGAAAUCUCUUAUUAUUGUUCUGCAUUGUUGCUUAUACUAAUAUCUCCAGGUAAUUGACAUAUUUUUUUUUUGUAGCUUAUAAUAUGUCUUCAAUUCAAAGUUUUCAUUUUGUGGAGGUAUUCAUACUGACAUUGGAAACUACAGAGUUGUAGCAAAUUAAGAAUUUUCACCAGUAAUCCUUAGUUGACUGUUCCUUUUUUGUAACAUUGUAAGGCGAUUUAAUUGUUUAGGUCUAACUUGUUUCUUGUUGGAAAUCAUUGGCAAGGAGGGAUACAAAUGAGAAAAGUGCUUCUCUGACUAUAUAUUAAGUAAGAACUCAUAGUUAUUGAGGGUUAGUGUUUUUACAUAAUUUUGUACGUCAAGUCCAACUGGGACAAGUAGGUUGAAAGUUAAAUUAAAUUGC